ACAACAGUGAGGGAGUUCAUUUUUCUUGGAUUUUCUGGCAUUCCCCAACUGCAGCUCAUGUUAUUUGUGAUGUUUCUCAUUGUGUACCUACUCUCCAUCACAGGAAAUGCAUUCAUCAUUUACAUUGUCCUCAUGGAUUCCACACUCCAGACACCUAUGUACAUUUUCUUAGGAAAUCUUUCUUUCUUAGAAAUCUGGAACGCCACAACUACAGUUCCUAAACUGUUGACUGCCUGCAUCUCACAGGUUGUCACCAUCUCUGUUUCAGGUUGUAUAACCCAGUACUACUUCUUUUUCUCCAUGGGGGCUACUGAGUGUAUUCUGCUAGCAGUGAUGGCCUAUGACAGGUACCUGGCUAUAUGUAGCCCUCUACAUUACUCAUUGCUCAUGAGUGCUCAGAUUUGCCUACAGUUAUCAGCUGGAUCUUGGAUUGGAGGUUUCACUGCCCCUGUUCUAUCUACUAUACUUAUCUCUCACCUCAACUUCUGUGGCCCCCAGCAGAUCAAUCAUUUCUUUUGUGACUCAGACCCUAUUUACAAACUCUCCUGCUCAGACACAUUCUUAGUGGAGGCCUUGAGCUACACAUGCAGCUCUGUUGUGAUCCUAAGUUCUUUCCUACUUACUAUGUCCUCCUAUGGCCAAAUUGUGGUUACAAUAGUAAGAAUGUCUUCCCGGGAGGCUUGGAAGAAAACCUUCUCCACCUGUGCCUCCCACCUCACUGUGGUCACCAUCUAUUAUGGUACCAUCAUCUUUGCCUAUGUCCGUCCUCCAGCAAAGUACAAUUUCACCAUCGCAAAAGUGGUGUCAGUGUUUUACUGUGUGAUCACCCCUUUGGUAAACCCUCUCGUCUACACCUUGAGAAACAAAGAUGUGAAGAAAGCUUUCAGAAAAGCACUUGCACAAAAGAGAUUGCUCUUACCUUGA